UUGCAUACAUGUUCAGAAAGUUUAUUUUAUUUUGUAAGUCCCGUAAAGUUCAAAGUUCUUGACGAAUCUAUCACGGAUUAGUAUGCAUUUGAAUUAUUUUGUAUCUUGUAAAAAGAAAUAGAGGGCGACGAGGGGUGCACUGCUAAAAUAAAUUCUUAGUGAGUGUUUUUGAUGUUUCUUGUUCAACUAAAUCAGAGGAUGCUAUUACUGGUUAUCUUUUGGUCUUCUACAUAUCACAGGCAUCAAAUUCUCCAAUUUUUUUGUUAAUUAUAUUCCAUUUGUAUUCUGCGUCAAUUGUAUGUUUGUGAGGCCUAUUAUCAUUAGAUGAACUCUCAUCUUGUAAUACUUUAUUUAAACAGGAAAUGCCUUUGGCAGUGUUCUACUUCAGCGACCUAAUGCAAGUUCUUAUGAAUUUAUAAUUCAAUUAUGCUCAUUGCAUAUGAGAUCUCCUCAUCUGAUGAAGACAUUAGGUCAUCUCAGCGUAUUUAUCCAAUCAGCCUACUCACCUCCUACAUGGGCAGCAAUAAUUGCUGGUGCCUUUAUCAUCAUUACUCUUACUCUGUCAAUGUAUCUCCUGUUUGAGCACCUUUCUGCAUACAAGAAUCCUGAGGAGCAAAAAUUUUUGAUUGGAGUCAUCCUAAUGGUUCCAUGCUAUUCAGUAGAAUCAUUUGUAUCACUGGUGGAUCCAUCGAUCAGUGUUGACUGUGCAAUAUUGCGGGAUUGCUAUGAAUCCUUUGCCAUGUAUUGCUUUGGAAGAUACCUUGUUGCUUGUCUGGGUGGGGAGGAAAGGACCAUUGAAUUUAUGGAAAGAGAAGGCCGUGCCAGUUCAAAAAUGCCUCUAUUAGAGCAUAGUUCUGAAAAGGGAACUAUAAAGCAUCCAUUUCCUUUGAACUACUUCCUUAAACCCUGGAAACUUGGUCGGUGGUUUUACCAAAUUGUGAAAUUUGGAAUUGUUCAAUAUAUGAUAAUAAAGUCUCUCAGUGCUAUUAUUGCAGUAAUCCUUGAAGCCUUUGGAGUUUACUGUGAAGGAGAAUUUAAAUGGGGAUGUGGGUACCCUUAUUUGGCAGUGGUUCUGAACUUCAGUCAGUCAUGGGCAUUGUACUGUCUUGUUCAAUUUUAUGCUGCUACAAAGGAUGAAUUGGCACAUAUAAAGCCUCUGGCUAAAUUUUUGACAUUUAAGUCUAUUGUUUUCCUCACUUGGUGGCAAGGGGUGGCAAUUGCUCUCCUCUAUGCCUUGGGUUUGUUCAGAAGUCCCAUAGCACAAGGCUUUCAGUUGAAGUCUAGUGUCCAAGAUUUCAUCAUUUGCAUCGAGAUGGGCAUUGCUUCUGUAGUUCAUCUGUAUGUGUUUCCAGCAAAGCCUUACGAGCUAAUGGGAGAUCGCUUUCCUGGAAGUGUUUCAGUCCUUGGAGAUUACUCUGCUGACUGUCCUCUUGAUCCUGAUGAGAUUAGGGACAGUGAGCGCCCAACUAAGCUGCGCCUCCCUAAUCCUGAUGCUAAUGUAAGGAGUGGGAUGACAAUCAGAGAGAGUGUUCGUGAUGUUGUUAUUGGCGGUGGUGAAUAUAUUGUGAAAGAUGUGAGGUUCACCGUCAAUCAAGCAGUGGAGCCAGUAGAAAAGGGAAUCACUCGAUUUAAUGAGAAACUACAUAGAAUUUCUCAAAACAUUAAGAAGAAUGACAAAGAUAGAAAGAGAACAAAGGACGAUAGUUGCAUUGCUUCAUCAUCAUCACCUGCAAGGAGGGUGAUUCGGGGAAUAGAUGACCCCUUGUUGACGGGGAGUGUUAGUGACAGUGGGGUAUCAAGGGGAAAGAAGCACCGCCGAAAAUCAGGAUACGUGAGUGCGGAGAGCGGAGGAGAGAGUAGUAGUGAUCAGAGCUACGGAGGAUACCAGGUUAGAGGCCAUAGAUGGGUUACCAAAGAGUAACAAGUACAUUUUUGCAGAGGGAGAAAUGAUUUCUUAUAUACGCAUAGGAAGGUUUUAUUAUAUUUGGUGCAUGAGAGCACUGGUUGGAAAUUUUGUGAAGUAAAUUGUUCCUCAUUCGGAGGUACCACGGUACUGUUCCUGUACCAUUUCUCUGAUAGACAGGUCUUGAAUUUUUGUAUAGAUGUUUAUUCUGGUAGCUUGUAGCAGUUGCUAUGGCUGAAGAAAAAUUUAAUGGUUGCUGAGAUGAGCUACAGAUGUGUCUGUCCAA